UGUUCACAUCCACAACAGGCUGACUAUCUGAAAAGUAUCUCUGUACUUGAGAAGUACAAUCUGGCUGGCUUUGAAGAAAUAGUACGAGCAUCUGAUAUUAAUAACUGUAACGAAGAGGGAGAAUGUUUCGUACACAUAGCUUCUGGCAUGGGUCAACUGGAUGUGUUGAGAUUCCUUCAUUUCAAAGGUGCAGAUUUAUUUCGGAUUGAUGCAAAUGGUGAGAAUGGUGUUCAUUGGGCUGCUAGACAAGGUCAUAAAAACGUGAUUGUGUUCUUGCAACAGCAUGGAUUAUCGCUGAAUUCGCCGAACAAAUAUGGUGAUACACCGUUGCAUUUGGCUUCCAAGCAUGGUCAUUCGCUCAUUGUAGAAAUGCUCAUUAAACAUUCGGAUGAUAUUAAUCAAUUAAAUGAAGAAGGAGAUACUGCGUUGCAUUUAGCAGCCUUUCGAGGUAAUCUAGAUACAGCUCGUUGCCUUAUAAAUGCUGGUGCUAAAACGGAUAUGCAAAACAAAAAAGGAUGUACUGCUUUACAUUUAGCUAUACAUAAACACCACACUGCUCUUGCUAUAAUGCUUUUGCAAAGUGGAUGCAACAUAGAAAUAUUGGAUAACCAAGGAGAAGCUGCAAUCCACAUUGUUGCUAGAGAAGGCUUGCUACCAAUGGCUCAAACCCUCUGUGCUUUUGGCUGUAAAGUUGAAGUUCAGAAUAAGGAAGGAUUUUAUCCGUUGCAUUUGGCGGCUAAGAAUGGUCACACUGAAUUGGUACGAUGUCUAUGCUUGGCUGGAUGUAACGUAGAACUGAAGAACAAAGACGGUAUUGUUGCUGAAAUAACUGCUCUUGCUCAAGGUCACAACGAAAUGGCAAAUAUUUUAAAUAGGCUUAGAAACAUAUAUUUGAAAGAAGAAUUUAUAUCUCAGUUAAUCCCUUCAACGAAAACAAUAUCAAAGAUUAAAUUAAAACUAUUUGGACACAGUGGUGUGGGAAAGACAACUUUCAUCGACAGCAUCAAGUGUGGAUAUUUCACUUCAUGGUUCAAACGAUCAUUGGGAUCCAUGUCACCAACUCACUCGAAGAACAAAAAAGGAAACAUCACUAAUAAAUCUAUCAUAGAGCUUAAUAGUUCAGGAUCAGCAGAAACCAGAUUAAGUUUUGAUACUUGUUACGAUACUUAUAGCCGAGGAAUUGAUAUCCAACAAGUCAAUAUAUCAGGUAUUGGAAAUGUGAGUAUAUGGGAAUUUUCAGGACACGAACCUUAUUACAUGACUUACGAUAACUUCAUAGGAAACACCAACUGUUUGCACAUUGUUUUCUUCAGUCUCAAGGACGAAUAUGAUAUCCAGUUACAGCAAGUACUUUAUUGGCUGGCCUUCCUUCAAUCUAGGAUACCUAUUCAGGAACCACUAGGUUUCUGUGGUAAAAGCAGUAAGCCUGCUAGAAUAGUUUUGAUAGCGACUCAUGCAGACUUGGCCUCAUGCAGCAGGGUCACAUCAACCGGAGAGUAUCUGAGCAGCGAGGCCUCAUCAAUUCUGCAAGUUGCACGUCUUCAUUUUGGCAAUGUGUUUGAUAUUCAUGACUCAGUGUUUGUUCUAGAUGCACAUGUUGUUGGUUCACCGGCCAUAAAAGCUCUGAAAACAUACAUAGCACAGUGUAAGGAGAAAUUAACGCAGGGUCUACCAAAAAUGACGGGUUUCUUAGAAGCUAUUUGUGCUCAACUUCCUGAUUGGAGAAAAUCCCGAAGUGGCUGUCCCUCUCUAUCUUGGAAGGAGUUCACUGAUUUUAUUCACUCAGAAGUGAAUCCUUUGGCCGGUGAAGAGCACAUGAAAGAACUGGUGCAACAGCUUCAGAUCAUGGGGGAAGUGUUGUAUAUAUCAUGUGAAACAGAGGAUGUUGUUAUUUUAGAGCCCGCGUGGUUAUGCAGCACUAUUAUUGGCUACUUGUUGUCACAGGAGAGUCUAGAAAAAGCCAGGGUGACAGGAAUCUAUUCUGCUGACGACAUUCAACUUUUGUUUCCCGAAGCAGAUGGUUUAAAACUCUUACAAAUACUGGAAGCUCUUCAGCUUUGCACAAAAUGUGAAACUGAAGAUGAUGUCGAAUAUGAGUUUCCUUGUUUUAACAUGAUGGAAAUGCUCGAUGGCAUCUGGUCUCCUGCACAAUACACUUUCUAUGGAGGAGUAAGUUUAAUGUGCAAAGAAAAACCUCUCCUAGGUUGUAUUUUCCCAAAAAUACAGGUUAACUUACGCAGAAUGUCCAAAGCAAACACAGAGAACGAUCUUUACCAGUGGUGCCAAGGCAGCAAGUUCUGUUGCGGUCAGAUAGAAGGUCUUGUUACGGUGAAUGGCACAGCUUAUGAAAUCAGAGUGAGAGGAACAAUGAAAUCAGAAUG